AUGUGCUGGAUGAUUUUGUGUCACGCAGACUGUGAAGGGGGGGCUCUUUCUGGCGAGCAGGGCUAGACUCACCCUCAAGNCGCAGACACAUUCUGACAGCACUUCAGACAGCAGCUUUGUGCCCCGCCAGCUGCUUGUUCCAUGCCUACCAUGGUGUUUUUGUACAGACAGAACUUCAGACAGCAUUAUGCUGUAGUCGGCAAUCUUCCGUUUUGGUAUAGAGUGGGACAGGGAGGGGGUGAUGCUACUGUAGUCGAACGGUGGGACGGACGUGCAGUUCAGUUUUUGGGCACGCAUACGGUGCUGCAGGGAUUUUUAGGUGUACCUCUUCGGGCUCUUGGACACCUUUUUCUCGUUGUAUGUGUGCGUGUUCUUUAGAUCCU